CCUAAAAAUUAUAACCUAGGGAUUUGGAUAUGGCAUUCAUGGAAGUGUGAGCAAGAUCUAGGAAUUCUCUAGAGCUAGGGUUGGAUUGGGGGGAGUAUGGCGAGCACCGGGCAGAGGAAGAUCGCAAUCGCGGUGGAUUUGAGCGAUGAGAGUGCGUAUGCCGUGCGGUGGGCGGUGGAGAACUAUCUCCGCCCGGGCGAUAGCGUGAUCCUCCUUCAUGUCCGCCCCACCAGCGUUCUCUAUGGCGCCGAUUGGGGCGUGGUCGACCACGCCGUGUCCUUCGACGACGAGGAAUCCCAGCAGAAGAUGGAGGACGAUUUCGACGCAUUCACGUCGUCCAAGAGCCUGGAUCUGGCGCGGCCGCUGCUGGAAUCCAAGCUCCCACACAAAAUCCACAUUGUCAAGGACCACGACAUGAAGGAGCGGCUGUGCCUCGAGGUGGAGCGCCUGGGCGUGAAUGCCCUCAUCUUGGGCAGCCGGGGGUUUGGGGCUUCCAAGCCGCCCGCCAGGAAGGGGCGGCUGGGCAGCGUCAGCGAUUACUGCGUCCAGCACUGCGUCUGCCCGGUGGUGGUGGUGAGAUUUCCAGAGGAGAGCGAUGGCGCUGGCGGCGGCGGCGGCUUGAGCAACGAUGCUCUGGCGGGGACCAAGAGCGAGGAUGGCGAUGCCGCGGCUGAUAAUCCUCCCGCCGCUGCGCAGGUCUGAUCGUGAAUCGAUCGAUCGAUCGAUCGGCGCAAGUGAGACGCUGUAAAUAUUUGUCUUUCUUGGUUUUUUAGAGUUAGGUUUCUUGAGGGGUAUCAAAGAAUAUUCUCCGGGUCA